CAUGAGCCUUGUACCCCUUUAGCUAAGAGAUGUGGAGCAUAAGGACUGUCUGAUUCCCUGUUUCCCUGUGAGGGCACCCAGCACACUGCAGGGGUUAGGGAAGAUAAUAAAUAAUAAAGGGCCCAUCCCCUUAGUGGGAUCAGUUACUGACUCCAGUGAGGUGAACUUGGCUCAAAGACUCUGUUUCCAGAGACAAAGGGACUAAAGAGGAAGAUACUGUGACUGAGUGUGUGUCAGUUCUGCUUUUGGUCUUGUUUCUGGUUAAUAAGGAAGCUGCCAGGGUCAUAAUCCCAGAGCUUGUCUUCUGAGCAGCCAUGGGACGCCGAGGCUUCGCAUUUCCUCCAGAUUUUAAACAAGUUUUGUUCAUCUUCUCUCAAGUGUUUUUCCUCCUUGGACUGUUCUGGUUUCUACCACCAGCAAGUGCCCAGAGGACAAACACAACUGGCACAUGUCAGACUGAGACUCUAGGAAGAGAAUUCAUCACCUCCUACAUGGACGACUGUGGGAACUCUAGUCAAUUUGAAGUGCAAAUUACUGGCUACUUUGCCUUCACUUCAGUGUCUGUUUCCAUCUCCAAUUACCAGUUUGAUAAGAAGAUUAUGGUAAAUUGGGGAGAGAUGGUGCGGGUCAGCCUACCAGAGUCAGUGGGAAUUAAGGGCACUACCAAUUUCUCCAAUGUGGUCCUAGUCAAGGCUGACAAAGAUAUCUCAGUAGUGUCCGUCAGCAACAAACAUGUGAGCCCUGAGACCACUGUGCUGUAUCCUGUCUCCAGCUUGGGAAAUGAACACUACAUAGUGACUCCCUCUACAGAAUCCUUAGAUAGUUACCCAGCGUUCUCUGUUAUGACAUACCAAGAGCCCAACUCCGUGGAGGUCCAUGUGAAAGGCAAGUUACAUUACCUAAUACAGGACAACUCCACUGGCUCCAGACUGACAAUUAAACUCCAUGCUUUCCAAGGCAUCCAGUUUCAAGGCAUAGGAGAUCUGUCUGGCACCAGGAUUGUCUCAGAAAAGCCAGUGGCCAUCUUGGUUGGCCAGAGGUGUUUUUGUAAUAACACUAAAUGCAACCAUGUCUUUGAGCAGCUCCUACCAGUUUGCAGCUGGGGUACAAAAUACAUCGUUCCUCCCUUACCCAGGCAGAAAGUAGAUGAAAUAGUCUACAUCACUGCUUCCCGGAACACAACUGUGUUGUAUCAACUAGGGGAACAGGCAGAGACUGUUACUCUAGCAGAAGGCAGUGUACUCCAGCGUCCUGUCAAGCCCUGGAUCCCAGUCUACAUCUCUGCUAAUGUGGGCAUCCAGGUGGUGUUCUACAGCGUGGGUGCACCUCUCCCUAAUUCCUCCCACGCCUUUCUGAUGAAUGUUCCAGAUGUUGCCAGUUACUGCCAGAUGUAUUCUAUAAAUGCCCAGGAGGGCUUCGAGAACUUUGCCUUGAUGGUGGCCAAUACAUCAGAGACUGGCGCCAUCAUCCUAGACAAUCAGCCUGUAAGGAAUGUGGUGUGGAACCGAGUCCCUGGCACUGAGUUCGUUUGGAGCAUGCGUACGCUUGCACCUGCCAUCAGAUCCCAUGCUGUGGAACAUCCCAGCUCUCCGUUUGCACUCCUGAGUGUUAGCACUGCCGCCAUGGACAGCUAUGGGAUUCCAGGUUCCUGCAGGAAGAGUGAGUAG